AUGCGACCUGUACAGCCCAUUUUUGUCGGUGCAGACAUGGAUGCGACCGGUACAUCUGUGGCGUAUGCUACAUACACGGGGCCAAAUGAAGCGUGGAACAGCGCGCAGCUAACAAGCGACACAGAUCGUUGGCCUAUUCAUAUGGCUCGUCGUGCACCUCUCGGACCGGCGGCACUGCGUCGUCGUGCUGAGUUGCGUGGCACGAUUACUGCGCUUCAAUGGCUUGCACAAGCACCGCUUCAGCCAGCAUGUGCUCAUGUGUGUGUGAGUAGCGCGUAUGUGGCCAAGGCGUGGGGUUCUUGGAUCCCUCAAUGGGAUGCGCAUGGCUGGCCUGGCGAAGAUUCGGAUGCUCGUUUGCGAACGAUGCGUCGCGGGCUGAUGGUCGAUGACAAUGCAGCAAUGCAGCGCAGUGGCCUCCCGCACACACCAUUGCGCCAACAAAAGCAUCUUUUGAGUAUGGAGUCUCCGACCGCUAAAGGAGCUGACCCCGAUGGACAUGGAGCUGGUCCAUCUGGCGCGCUGCGGCGCUCUAACCGGCGUCUCGUAGAUGAGGAUCUUUUGCGAGAACUGGCCGCUCUACGCACGCGUUUGGCUGAGAUCGAUGCGCAGGGCGGUGUGCGUGUGUAUUUGUACCAAAUUGAAGCUCAGCACAAUCCAGCCGAAUCAUUGGCCAUUCGUUGUGUCAUGAUCGAUGCACCUGAAAUGGAGCCGUCCUUGUCGGCUUGCCAGGACGAUGUUCCGAUCACACCUCAAGCGUACGAGCCUAUGCGAGUGGUCUCACCCCCGCGUCUUAGAGUUCAAGAUUCACGCAAAGCCAUUCCAUCGCCCGUGCCGGAUGAUGUAUUUUUACGUUCACCAUCUCCGCACGCAUUUCAGAAACGUUCGCCCUUACUUACGACACCUAGUAAGUUGACAACGCCGCAUCCUUAUACAACGCCAUCCUCGCCAGCGACUCACAGCCCAUCUAUGCUGAUGUAUUCGUCGCCGACUUUUUCUGCUUCACGAUCGAACUUGUUUCCAACUCCGCCCACGACGCAAUCGAGUCUUCCUCACGUAUCGCCCCUGCCACAUAUGACCCGUUCGAACUUGCUGUCUGCCGCUUCGCCCUCUUCACCACGAAAGAAUAUUCCUUCACCAACUCAACCAUGGCUACAAGGGCAGUCGCCGCAAAUCCAUCCACAGCAAAUUUAUUUGCAAGAGCCACUGCCAAGUCAGAGGCCUCCGUCGUCAAUGUCCCCGGCUGCACACAGGACUCAGCUGCCAUCAGAGAAGCCGGCUGACGUUUCUGAUGAGGCGAUACGUGCCGCUAGUCCUGCGCCAUCGAGAGAGGAGGCAUUGACAAAACCGCUUACGGCCGAGGCACUUCGUGAGCAUAAUCGUAAAACAGGAAGUGGCAGGUUUUUUCGUCGCCAGGCCCGCAGUACACGUUCAAGUGUUAAAUCUGACGGUGCUCAAUCAUUUAUCCAUCGUUGGGCAUUAAAGUUUCUUCGAAAGUCCCGAAGUCAACGAAACCUCCGGACAGAAGAGCGGCACGCUGCAUCGCCCAGACUUGGCUCAGGGGUUGAGCCGAGCACAAACCUAGCCGCAACCGGUACCACAGAUGCUCCUACGCCCCCCACACAAGCCCGUGCCAUGACGACAGGUGCACCUGCACCUGCACCCGCACCCGCACCUGCGCUUGGCGUCGCAUCUAGUUCUACGGCCGCAUCUUCGCCGGCGAUGGGAUCUGCACCUGCACCCCGGCUACGAGCCUCGGCGUCGCAACCUGCGAUGGGUCGUCGGAGCCAACAAGGGCCUAGAGACAACGGGCUCAGUACCACGACACCGGACACCUCUAAGCCACGCGUGCUUGUACAGCCCCCACAGGAUAAUGAAUUACAGAGACAAAAAGAUUUGCUCGCGCAGCGCGAUGCUGAGCUUGCUCGUCGCGAAGAUGCACUUGCACGCAAAGAAGUCGACAUGGCGCGCCUGCGUUUCGAGUGGGAGAACAGGCGCCCGUUCAUCACGCCAAGCAAGGGCCAUUCCGUGCAUGUAUCUGAUGAUGAUGACGACGAGGAUGAGCCUGUGCCAGAUGACAACGAAUGGUUGUGGCAAAGCAACCUCAACCGUACUCCGCGGCUUAUGUCCGCAGACCUCGAUGACGAGACUGAUUCUUUCAAUCUGCAGUCGUACCAGCGUUCGAUGAACACAGAAGCUUCGCGCCUGAAAGAGGCUACGUCCAUGCCGCAACCUGAUUUGUUUGCUUCAAGAGAACUUGCUACUGCAGAAGAUUCUCCCCAACUCCUCACACGUGGAUCGCAGUGGGUUUUGUAUGAAGAGAGCCAAAAUCAACGACUCCAGCAGCGACGUGCUCCUCCAAAAAUUCAAACACCUCCACGCCAACCUGCUGAGGAUUGUCUGGGAUUGUAUGUCGACGGCGACGGUUUUGGCAGCUCAACCUCCUUGCGUAAGUCGUCUCCAUAUGCUCGUCACAUCAUGCAGAAGCGGUCACAAGGGCAUUAUCCCUCCUCCGAGUCUGAUGAUAGCUCCUUUUUGUAG